AAUUGAUUGGUAGUGUCCUAGUCUUGCCUGGGAGGGUGCUCUCAACUCGCUUCUUCUCAUUGCAUCAGGAGAGAGGGUCCUGACCUGUCCUGUCAUCAGCUUACUAUAAUCAUCAUCAUCACCACUCCUCAACCGCCUGGAUCUGCCUCUUCGUCUCCGAUCCGAAUCCGCAACUCGGCUUGGUGAUGGAACUGAGGUUUUAAAUUGUAACUGAAUAUAAUAGCCAAGUGAUUUGGAUUGUUCUGUAAACUAUGGGGACUGAAAAUCCUGGUCGUCCAACCUUCCCUUCGAGACCUGCUUCGUCGCCUUUUGGUGCUGCACAGCCAGUGACUCCUUUUUCAUCAACCGGUCCGGUGGCGGGAUCAGAGCCUCCUCCUUACCGGCCUACUCCUCCGGCGCCUCCGCAAGCCGCCACGCCGUUUUCUUCGGCUGGACCCGCUGCAGCUAGACCAGGGGCACCCGGUUUUAGACCUGCACCACCAGGGAGGUUCAGUGAUCCAUCAAUACCUCCUCCUCCGCGAGCAUCCAAUGCUCCUCCGCCCGGUGGACCGUACCAGCAGUUUCCGGCAGCGCCAUUCCCCCCAACCACGCAGCAGCAGCAACGUGCUCCAAUGAUGGGACAAGCUAGUCAAGCACCGCCUUUUCCCGCGUCUCUUCCAGCACAGCCACAGAUGCCUUUUGUUCCAAUGGGCUCUCCCCCAUCACAAAGUGCUGCUCCUGCGCAUUUAGGACCGAAUGCUCCUCCGCCUACGUUUCAGCCCACUUUUCCUGGGUACCCGAGUAAGCAGGCUGGUGCUGAAAUGCAAGCUCCACCUAUGCAUUCCAAUUUCCCUGCUAAUCAAGGAAAUUACGGGCCUGCCCCACCUGCAGCGGCUUCACCUUUUUUGUCUCACCAAGGAGGCUACGUUCCAUCGCCUCCCAUGGCUCCCCCAGUAGGUAUGCAGCAGCCAGGCUCUGUGCCCCCUAUGGGUUCCGUUCAGGGCUUGGCAGAAGACUUCAAUGCGCUCACCAUGCAAACUCGUCCUGGAACAAUGGAUCCAUUAUUUGACCCUAAGGAGCUUCCAAGGCCAUUGGAAGGUGAUGUGGAGUCAAAGAAUUUGGCUGACAUGUAUCCCAUGAAUUGCAGUCCUCGGUAUGUUCGUCUCACGACCAGUGCAGUUCCUAGCUCCCAGUCCUUGGCUUCAAGGUGGCACCUUCCUCUUGGAGCAGUUGUAUGUCCGCUUGCUGAACCUCCUGGUGGGGAAGAGGUGCCUAUAGUUAAUUUUGCUCCUGCUAGUGUUGUCCGUUGUAGAAGAUGCCGCACAUAUGUGAAUCCUUAUAUGACAUUUACGGAAGCUGGAAGGAAGUUCCGCUGCAACGUCUGUACCUUGCUUAAUGAUGUUCCUAGUGAAUAUUAUGCACAAUUAGAUGCGACUGGAAAAAGAGUUGAUAUCAAUCAACGACCUGAGCUUACAAAGGGGACUGUAGAAUUUGUUGCCCCUGCUGAGUAUAUGGUGCGGCCACCUAUGCCACCAGUGUAUUUCUUCCUCAUUGAUGUUUCCAUAUCUGCAGUUAGAAGUGGCAUGAUUGAGGUUGUGGCCAAUACAAUCAAAUCAUGCUUAGAUGAGCUGCCUGGCUUUCCACGUACACAAAUAGGGUUUGCAACUUUUGACAGCACGAUACAUUUUUAUAACAUGAAGUCUUCCUUGACUCAACCACAAAUGUUGGUAGUGUCAGAUCUGGAUGAUAUAUUUAUUCCACUGCCGGAUGAUCUUCUUGUUAACUUGUCUGAAUCAAGAAGUGUGGUAGAAACCUUCCUAGAUAGUUUGUCAACCAUGUUCCAGGACAAUGUUAACUUGGAAUCAGCAUUUGGUCCCGCUCUUAAGUCUGCAUUUAUGGUUAUGAGUCAACUUGGAGGGAAAUUGUUAAUAUUUCAAAACUCACUCCCAUCUCUUGGUGUUGGUCGCUUGAAGUUACGUGGAGAUGAUUCUCGUGUUUAUGGGACAGACAAAGAACAUGGACUGAGACUGCCUGAAGAUCCAUUCUAUAAACAAAUGGCUGCUGAGUUUUCCAAGUACCAAAUCUCAACAAAUGUGUAUGCAUUCAGUGAUAAGUACACCGACAUUGCCUCCUUAGGAACUCUGGCAAAGUAUACUGCUGGUCAAGUGUAUUACUAUCCAGCUUUUCAAUCAGCCAUUCAUGGGGAGAAAUUGAGACAUGAAUUAAGGAGAGACCUUACCAGAGAAACUGCAUGGGAAGCUGUGAUGCGUAUUAGAUGUGCAAAAGGUGUACGCUUCACAACUUAUCAUGGAAAUUUCAUGCUAAGGUCCACCGAUUUGUUAGCACUUCCUGCUGUAGAUUGUGAUAAAGCCUUUGCCAUGCAGUUAUCACUUGAAGAGACAUUAUUGACAACUCAGACAAUGUAUUUCCAAGUUGCAUUGCUAUAUACUGCAUCUUGUGGUGAAAGGCGAAUAAGAGUACACACAAUGGCAGUUCCAGUAGUUACAGAAUUGGCUGAUAUCUAUCGCCUGGCAGAUACUGGUGCAAUUGUAUCACUGUUAAGUAGGCUAGCAAUUGAGAAAACAUUGUCCCAAAAACUGGAAGAUGCACGGACUGCUGUUCAACUAAGAAUUGUGAAAGGCCUUAGGGAAUAUCGAAAUCUCUAUGCUGUGCAACAUCGCCUGGCCAACAGAAUGAUAUAUCCUGAGUCGUUAAAGUUCCUAAUGUUGUAUGGAUUAGCCCUUUGUAGAUCAACUGCUCUACGUGGAGGUUAUGGUGAUGUUCCACUGGAUGAACGAUGUGCAGCAGGACAUAUAAUUAUGACCGUAACAAUAAAAAGACUGUUGAAACUUCUUUAUCCUAGUUUGAUUCGACUUGAUGAAUAUCUUCUGAAGGCAUCUGUACCAGCUGAUGACUUAAAAAGUGUUGAAAGAAGGUUACCUUUGACUGGAGAGAGCUUAGACUCUAGGGGCCUUUAUAUAUAUGAUGAUGGCUUCCGGUGCAUUAUAUGGUUUGGUAGGGUGAUUUCACCUGAUAUAGCCAAAAAUUUACUUGGGGCAGAUUUUGCAGCAGAAUUAUCAAAGACUACACUUGGUGAGCAAGAUAAUGAAAUGUCAAGGAGGCUAAUGAGGGUACUUGAGAAGUUGAGAAAUACAGAUCGUGCAUAUUACCAGUUGAGCCACCUUGUGAGGCAAGGUGAACAGCCCAAAGAAGGAUUCCUCCUUCUUGCUAACCUUGUUGAGGACCAGAUGGGUGGUAACAGUGGGUAUGCUGAAUGGAUGCUGCAGAUAUCUCGGCAAGUACAACAGUCAUAAUAUAUAGCUUUCCUCGCUAAAUAAGCAAUUUUAGUCAGUUUGUUAUUUGACUCACAAGUGAGGACCAUUUCUUUCUACAUUGAAAAUGUAACGAAUCUGUCCUUUGGGGGUGCUUGGAGAAGCGUUCUUGACCUGGCUGAUUGAUCUUGACCUAGGAGAAGGAUGCUUUUGAGGGACUGUUGAUUCAUCCUGUGAUGUAUCAAUUAGGUGAACUCUACCACAUAUAUUGAACUUAAACGUGUUUUCACGUCUUCGAUAGAGGGGAAAAAGAAACUUUUUGUUUUUUUGUUGUUGUUAUUUUACCUUGUGAGAUAAGUUGUCAUUUCUGUUUUAUAUUUCCUUUUGUCGACAUCUUAUGGUUGAUUCUUUCAUUGUAGAAAAAGAAAGUAGACAGAACUGAGAAGAGAUGGCAUGUCAAAUCAGUCUUGCGAAAUCUUAAAUUUUUGUUUGGUGACAA